CACGAUGCUACUCCAUAUAAUUGUUUCAACCAAGUAAAAAGAGCUUAUGUACCUACUCAGUACCUCAACCGGCCAGAUCGUCAGCUCAGUCGUAGUUCGUUGCAGGCAGCCCAUAACCAGCUCACAUAUGAGCCUUCCAAUCACAUGACAGUCGGGUUAACGUUGGACCCAUCUCGUCAAUUCCUCUUUGACUGCCUCUUUACGCAUCCACACCGAGAUCAAGGAUGGGCUCUGCCUGACCGUCCAUGGACCCCGUCGUCGGAAUUCAUGAUCCACCCCACCGCCAAUCAACCGCCCUUUGCAACGAGUCCUUUCCCAUCUCACCGGUCGCGAUCCAUCUCUCUCCCACAAGGAUUGGAUCUCCUUCACCGGACGAAUCCCCAGCCAAGCGAUAAUCCUCCCCCCUUUGGUUCCCGAUUGCCGUGACCGGUUGAGGUCUUUUUGUUUUCUUAACCCUCCUUCCGGCUGCUGCUGUAGGAUAGAUGAGGAAGGGUUUUUCUUUGGG